CCGAAGCUGCAGCACUUCACUGUCUUAGCGUCGUAAAGGAACAUAAAUUGAAACCAGGAGAUUCUUUCUUAGUAGCUGAUUGUGGUGGUUGUACAGUAGAUUUGACAUCACGAAAACUUCUUCCAGAAAAUAAAUUGAGUGAAAUUACUGAGCGCAUCGGUGAUCUUUGUGGCAGCACAUUCGUUGAUAAAGAAUUUUUAUCAUGGCUUGGUAGAAAAGUAGGAUUUAAAGCUUUGGAAAGUUUAAAAUCAAAUAAUUACGGACAAAUGCAAUUUUUAGUUCAAAGAUUUUUUUGUCAACGUAUCAAGUUUAAAUUUAAUGGGGAAUUGGCAGAUUUUAAA